AUGACCCUCGAUCAGGGGACGCAAAAACAUGUUCCACGGUCCAAAUCGGAACCAAAGGUGGCGUCCAACAUGGAGACGGUCGACAUGUCUCAGAGGUACAAUUUUCUUCGCGAAUUAUCCUCGUCUAAAUUUGGUACCGUGUGUCUGGUGGAGGACAAGUGGGCCAAAGCCAAGAUCUGCUUGAAGGUGUUCACCAAGAGCGAAGUGAAAAUCGCCGACUUCAAUCGCGAGUACCAAAUCAGCUACUUCCUGUCGCCCCACCCGAACGUACUCGACACCUAUCCGGGGAUAUACUGUACGACAGACUCGUACUUUUUUGUCCAAGAGGUGUACGGCACGACAUUGAGGACGGUGGUCGAGUCAACCAAGUCCGGCCUAAAUGAGGCGGACGCCACGCAGGUGCUUCAGCAGGUAGCUGAUGCGUUGGAGUUCCUGCAUGACCGACAUUUCGUGCACACGUCUCUGAGCCCGGCCAAUAUCUUGGUGUACGACAAGAGCUUCAGUAAGGUGAAAAUAUCAGACUUUUCCAAUACUCGGCUGGUGGGCACCGUCGUCAGGAAUUGCGCGGUGGUCACCACGCCCUGGGAAGCGCCGGAGAUGUGCGAGCUGCUGGAAAAGGAACGGUACACCGUUGAAUCCGCGCUGGACGUCUGGGCAUUCGGUAUCAUCUCAUAUUACGUGUUAAACCGCAAAUAUCCGUGGAUGAAAGCAUCGAUCACGUCACGAAAUUACUGGGAAUGGGAACAGUGGAUAAAGAAAAAGACCAUCCUGCCAGUGAAGUGGACAAAAUUCACCGACAAAGCCUUGAAAAUGUUCAAGCGGACUUUGCACCCAAAGGCCAAGGAACGGUGUUCGAUGGCAAAGGCCAAACGCUACCUCCGGGAUAAGUGGAUCAAGAACAUGAAGGUAAGUGAACCAGUUUUCGCCGAGUCGUUCUUGCUGACCAUCGGUGGCGUUCUUUUCACAGGUGAUGUCCAACGAAGCGAUAUGCAGGACAGAUCGGAGUAA